AUGUGCUCUGUUCAUCAAUCUCUGGACGACCUCAAGGUCGCCAAGCCUAUGGACAAUGGUAGUGCAAUCAACUACGUCGCUUCGAGGCUCAGCACUGUGGCUUUCUUAGGCACCAGUACCAACAAGAGCGUCCUCUUCGUAGCAUCCACUUACGACGAUAGGCCUCUGGAGUACCAUCCGUACGCAGUGUCCCGCAGGGUACUCGACGAGAGUAACUUAACCUUCGAGGUGGGUUCUUCGUUUGUGAACAUAGCCGACAGCAAAAAGAAGCAGAGAAACAAGAUUCGUUACGUACACGGCUUCAGCCACAAAGGUUUCGCCUACUUUGUGGCUGUUCAGAAGAAGCCGCGGAUUCCCAUGCCCCCAGAAACACGACUGGCACGUGUCUGCGAGAGUGAUGAUUCUUUCCGUACCUACACGGAGAUUUUAAUAACGUGCGCGCACGAUGGGAAGCAGCAGUACAUGAACGCUUCCAGCGCCGCCUAUGGGCCGUACACGAGUGAAUAUAGCGGUGAUGGCAAAGUGCUCCUCGUGGCUUUUGCACCGAACAACGGAAAUCAGGGAAAAAGCAACCGCUCCAAGUUCGCGUUGUGCCUCUUCGACAUGGAUCGCGUCGAGGAAGAGUUUCGCAAGACAACGGAAAACUGUAACGACGGCAAACAAGAGGCAUCCCGACUGUCCCGCCUUUUCAGCAACGGGACCGAGCUUACAAUAGGAACUACUGUUGCGUGGGUUGGCGAUCGAAAAGGAAAUCUGCACAAGUACGUUAUUUUAGAUCAGUCGCUGAAGUCGAAGCCCCUUUGGACGUUCCGAAUAGCACCUGACCCCAUUGAGAAGGCCACAGCUGUGGACCGCGAUGGUUCACACGGAUAUUUCCUGGCAGGAAACAGUGUUAUAAGAUUUCCAAUAGGCUCGUGCAUCGUCUACGAGGACUGUUCGGAUUGCUUGCAGAAAAGCGAUGACCCGCUACAGUGCGGCUGGUGCGAGGACAGAUGCGCUCACUCGUGCGAGUGUCCCAAGGGCAAAAAGUUUGUCUCGAAUCGCUGUCCCAUCAUAGUAAGCGAGAUGCUACCGAAGAAAGGUCCAACUGCCGGAGGCACCCUACUGGAUAUUCGGGGCAAGAAUUUCGCUUCCGUUCCCUAUAACCAAGACAAAAGUAUGAAUGUCACCGUUGGCGGUCAACUGUGCGACUAUAAGGGGUGGUCGGAGGAUCGUAUUACGUGCAAAACACCACCUGGACAAAACGACUCAACAGUAGACAUCAUCAUAUCCGUAAAUGACGUGGCCACUAAUGAGUUCAGAAAGUACGAUGUCUUCGAUCAUCAUGUCAUUACUGCUGGCUUCGAAUAUAAGGACCCUACACUGAGAGGCAUAUUCCCGAAUCACGGCCCAAUAGCCGGGGGAACAUCGGUCAUUCUUCAUGGCACGGACCUCGACUCUGGAUCCAAAAGAAAGGUGACAAUCGGCCCAACAGAAUGCCAAAUAAAAGGGUUCAAGGACACGUUUCUGGAGUGCAUCACAAGCCCUGUGAAUAGUAGCUUUGUAAACCAGAGCUUCCAAGUCAAACUUACCACUGAUGACUUCGAAGUGCCUUUCACCCUGGGAAAUGGUUCGGGCUUCACAUUCACCUACAAGCUGGACCCAGUGAUUGAGAGCAUUGUGCCUGGGGAAGCAUCUGUCAGCGAAGAGCCAAUCAUUAAUGUGACGGGCACCAACUUGGACAGUGUAGCUACGCCCAUGAUGGUGACUCAAGUGUCGUCUGUGAGACAAUCUGACAAGCCAGAGGAGAUUAAAAAGGCUUGUGUGGUUGCCAGCGGUGGUCAGCAGAUGACCUGCAGUGGUCCGUUGUUGACGGAGUUCUCAGGGCUGAACGCAACAGAAUUGCAGGCGCACGACAAACCGAUAACGGCGCACAUCAGUUUUAAGAUGGACGGCCUACUUUUGCCACGACCAAUGAAUGGCUCGCCUGGCUAUUUCCCGUUCAACUAUCGCCUCGAACUCUGGGUCGAUCGCUUCCCCGAUGAAGGAAUCGGAGUUGAUUUCUGGCAUCCAGUGGUGAAAAUAGGGGGAAAGCUGUUCGACGUUCUUAUUAACAGCACGCUGCUCUCCAUUCGUGUUGACAGCGUUGAUGGUGCGUGCAAUGUCACGAAGAUAAAGUACGACCGAAUUGUCUGCACCCUUACGAGCAGUUCCUGGGAUGAUGAUCUGCCUCAUCAACUUGACGUUGUCUACGGAAAUCGUGUCUACCCUGUGGGUAGUAUCAAACUGGUGAAGUUAGUGGAAAAGAAGCCCGUGUCCUGGUCGUACCAUGGCGCCAUUGCCGGUAUUAUCGUCGCAGUCCUAAUUGUUUUCUUCAUCGGUGUUGGACUUGCCCUCUACUGGCGAUUCCGGGUCAACAAGACUAAGCCCCCCGCUUACUUCGUCGACUUUGAAAACCGCAACGUCGGCAACCGUGCAUCGAACGGUGGAGACUCCCCGAGGUACCAGGAGACGAUACCAGGAGCCACAAGACAGGGCGUUGGAAAGGCCGCCUUUCAAAUGGACGAAGAAACAAAGGCCAUUCUGGAGGCUGACAAGCUGCUUUUCAAUAGAGAACUCGUUGUUCUAGGUCCAGUAGUCGGUCAAGGGCACUUCGGCUGCGUCUACCGGGGAACACUGGAACUUCAAGGCAAGGAUGAGGUGUUAAGGGUUGCAAUCAAGACACUACACAACAACUCUCGUGGGGGUGACAGCGAUAGCCAACAGUUCUUGAAGGAGGCGCUUAUCAUGAAAGACUUCAAUCAUGAGAAUGUGCUCCCACUCAUUGGUCUGUGCUUGGACGAAAGAGACGGACUCAUGGUCAUCACGCCGUACAUGAAGUACGGCGACCUGCACUCCUAUCUACGUAACGAGAAUAAUAGUCCGACAUUAAGGGAUCUGAUAACCUUUGGCAUACACGUAGCAAAGGGCAUGGAAUAUCUGGCGCACCUGAAGUUCGUGCACAGAGACCUCGCAGCUAGGAACUGCAUGCUGAGCGAAGACAUGAUCGUUAGAAUAGCCGACUUUGGUCUUUCGCGCGACAUCUACGAGAGAGAUUAUUACAGCGACCAAGACCGAAAGACCAAGCUGCCCGUGAAGUGGAUGUCUCCAGAGAGCUUGGAGGCUGGAGUCUACGACCACAAGACUGACGUGUGGUCCUACGGCGUGCUCUUGUGGGAGCUGAUUACCCGUGGAACGGCGCCUUACGCACACGUUGACAACUGGGACAUGCUCAACUUCCUCAAGGAUGGACGCAGGAUGCAGCAACCUUAUAUCUGUCCUGAUCAGCUGUAUCAAAUCAUGCUUCAAUGUUGGGAGCUGGAUCCCGAGAAGCGUCCCACCUUCGCAAGGCUUGCUGCAGAUGUCGCAAGUGUGAUCACAAACCUUGAGAAGAAGAAUGAAGACGAGAGAAUCAGUUUGAACGUCACGUACGUGAACUGUCCGCGAGCAAGCACUGCCGUUGCAGAAAACCAAUGACCAUCACUCCUCGAAAAGCCUUGAGCGGAGACAUUCUUGGAAAAUUUCAAGAGCAUUAAAAAGGAGGCGGACUUUUCGGAAAUAUUUAUAGGCCAAUGAAAUUGCGGUGAGCCUGCAAACGGAGAAAACAGUGGAUGCGUAAAAGAGCCGGAUAAAGUUACGCGACCUUCGUUGGCGUGGGGCGGUGUCGCCGUCUUGAACAGGUGAAGUGAUAUACUGCAUCGUGACACUAACGAGCGCCGACAGGACGCGCUUCGGUGGUCGCAGCGGAGACUGGCUCCCCGAUUUCCACUCCAUUUUGUUGCAAUA